AUGGCCACGAACAGUGAUGAAUACUAUAUUGCUGUUGAUGUUGGAACGAGCAGUGUACGCACUGCAGUCGUUGAUAGAAAUGGAAGAAUUCAUUCUUUUGCUUCAGAAGAAAUACGCAUUUGGCAAUCAUCAAGCAAUAUGUAUGAACAAUCAUCUGAAGAUAUUUGGAGCUGUUUAUGUACUGCAGUCAGGGUACAGUACUACAGUAUGCAUGUUGCAAAUUAUCUUGAUUCCUUCCAGCCUCGUACCCAUCCGGCUACUGCAAUGAUCGUCCAUGACCCAGGCGCAAAUAACUAAAAAUAGGCAUACUACACUAGUAUAGUGUUUUUAUACAGUUCUCUCUCAGCUUAGUCACUGAUCUUAGUGAUCUAGUAUCUAUAUAAAAACACUGUAGUGUGCCUAUUUUUAAUUAUUUACGCCUGGGUACGAGGCUGGAUUCUUUCCAUAUUGAGUGACGUCAUGAAGUUCUGAUCUGCAGUGGCCUUUUUUUUCACAAUGAUCGGGCAGGCAGGAUAGGAGGGAUUAUUAAAGGCAUACUCAUGGGCUAACUGCCCUAGGGUAUUCAUGAGGUGUUAUGAGUAGUGUCAACAUGAGCUUCCAAGGUUAAGGAUGCCGUCUUGAAUAUAUUGUUUUCACCAUAAUUGUGUUUGCAUCCCUUGCAGUAUUGUGUUUCAUUAGGGACCGGUCAUUAUUUAUGGAAGGGGGAGGGAAAAAUAAAGGGCAAUGUAGAUAUAAAUGACAAGAAGGAGGGGCUAUUAAAUUUUUUCAAGAAAAUGAUGGGGGGGGGGGGUUGCAAUUAAAUUUGAAGGAAUUUGCUUAAUAACCUGGUAUCCAUUUGGUUGUAAAUGUUGCAACUAAAUCAUGGUCACUGAUGUGAAAUAGUCUGGAUUCAUCUUGUCUUGUGUGUGCUGUAUGCCAAUCAGAUUUACGGUUUGCAACCUAGUUAAAUUGACAAUGUAUUAUUACAUCAGCUCUUGAUGUGGUUAAAUACAUUUAACAUAUAAAUACAUAAUGUAUUAUGCAGGCCACAUCCACUGAGGCGAGUCUGUGACGUCAUAUCGAUCAAAGGGGGUUGUUAAUUUCAUGCCUUGUGAUCAGUGCUUUGGUCUGGGUAUUCAUUCUGCCAUUGUAUGCUUUGCCUAUAGCUGCAGCAAGUUUUGCGCUUUGAUACCUUUUCCCCACCCAAGUUCAUUCUAAAGGAUUUUAUCUGGUAGCUAGUAUAUGUCGUUUUAUUUUAUAUAAUUUUUAAUCUCACAUAAAAUAGGAUGUAUAGACCACUAUACAUUGUAUUUCGCAGGUAUGCCUUGGCAGAAUUGUCAUUGCUAUCUCCUUUUGCUGCUAAUAUUACUGAUUGUUGCUCUCAUUGUUGCUGCGCAGUUGCUAUGGCAAUACUUUGUACCAUCAAGUCUAGUUGCAGCCUUAAACAUAAGGUUACAAUCGCCCUGACCAAAUGGAAACCUGAUUUUAGUGUUAUAUAUAAAAAUACUCCUCUUUAUAAUUUUCUGCUAAUAUAUAUUUUUGGUCGACGUUAAUAUCUUGCCAGUUCCAUAUUCUUAUUUAAUAAUUAACACUAUAACGCCUGGGUAUCCCCAUUUGACGAGCAAAAAUGAAAAGGGGGGGGGGUCAAAGAGAAAUAUUCCAAUAUGCAGGGGGGGUCAUCAUUAAAUUUCUGUUCUUUUAGGGGGGGCUUUCAAUUUUAAAAAUUUAGAAAAGAAAAAAUUCCCCUCCCCCCUUCCAUAAAUAAUGACCGGUCCCUUAUGGCGUCGUUAACCUUGGAAGAGUCUAUUAACCGAAUUCCCAAUCAACCAUGGCCCUCACUAUGGUUAUGUCACUGGUUUUAGUCCAUUUAACAAUUAUUCGCCGAAGGCGAGGUGAUUAUCGGUGAAUAAAAACCGAGACGAAGUCGAGGUUUUUAUUCACGAUAAUCACCGAGCCUGAGGUGAAUAAUUGUUUUAGUAUAAUUUCAUGGGUGAUUAUUUGGAAAAAAAUUUAAAAAUGCACAUUUCUUCGUCUUUUAAUUGACAAAACGGCUUCGGCCGCCAUUUUGAAAAUCGCUUAGGUGAUUAUCGCGUAAUAAUCACCUCAACGGUAACCAAUCAGCGUGGAGAAUUUUCAAUAAUCACCUAUGUAAUUAUACUAAUCAAUAUUAUUGUCUAUGUUGUUAAAAAAAAUUUGGACAGUAUCGAUUAAAUUUCACUUGGUUGAGUAGUAUUUUCACUAUUUUGUAUCAUAUGACUAUCAUUAUACUAACAAUUUAAAGGUUACUGGGUCAAUAUAGGAUAAAGUCGGCUAGAAAUGACACAUAUCCCUGAUGUAAAUAUAGGCAUCUGAAAUUAGUACCCUUGGAUAUAAUGCCCAGAACAACACUUGGCUGAGUUGGCUUAGCUAGGAUUGUCAAUUAAAGUACUACAAUCCUAGACAAAUAACAUGCGGACGCUGAUUAAAAAUGGCUGAAAUUUAAAGCAAUCAAAUAAUUAUAUGCAUAUUCAGUCGUAUUCCCUGCUCCCCGUCACAAAUAAUUAUACGUAUUCCCCGCCUCCCUGUUACAAUGUUGUUGCUACAGAUACCUCAAUAUUUGCCAUAAUGACUGAAGUGUUCAUCAACAUUGUUUCAGGGGAGGGGGGACCAACUUUACGAAGUAUAUAUGAAAAUGUUUCAAAAAAUAAUUUAUUUGCCAUGUUUGUCCGAGUAAAUUUGCCUAUGAUUGUACUAGGUAAAUGUCUAGGUCAAUCGAUCAUAUAACAUUUAACAACUGAUUAUUUACAAAUUUUAGGGCUAGGAACCUACUAUAGAAACUAAAAGGCUUUAUUUACCGUACCUAGACAGCCUCGUACCCAGGCGCAAAUAACACACUAAAAAUAGCAACACUACAGUGUUUUUAUAUGGAUCAAUGGCUAAGAUGAGCACACGCGUGGGGGUCCUCCUCAAGCACCCCUGCGCGCUCGCUCAUCGUAGCCACUGAUCUAUAUAAAAACACUGUAGUGUUGCUAUUUUUGGUACGUUAUUUGUGCCUGGGUACGAGGCUGGUAUCUAGAUACAACUUCAAAUUAAAUAACAAAAACAUAUAUAAGGUGCCAUAUUGGGAAAUGAAAUGGGGGGGGGGGAGUAAAAUAUGUAAACAUAUGGAUGUGAGAGAGCGACAUUUUGCAGAAAUGAAUUAAUUUUGCAUAUUUUAAUAUUUUUUUAUGUUUCUAAUUACAGUGUGUCUACAGUAAGUGGGGCCACUUAACACUAACCAAUCACAUUGCAGAACAAAAAUAGAAAAAAUCAACAAACUGUGCAUUAGCCAAUCAGCAUUAGGCGAAAAACAAUUUCAACAUAUUAUGAACAAAUGUCAAACGGUAAAAAUAGACUUGAAAAGUAAACACUGCAGUUUUAGUACUGGCUUCCUGAAGUGAACUCCAUGCUUUCUUUUGAUUGGACGAGCUUUAGUUUGAUUAGAUUUCUAUUUUUGUUCUGCAAUGUGAUUGUUCUAGAAGUGGCAUUAUUGGCCCCACUUAUACUGUGGACGCACUGUAAUACGUAAUAAUAAGGUAUAUGGUAUAUUUUUGAGUGGCUUCAAAUCUGAAUGAGACAUUGGUAUAACACGCGCGCGAAGGCGACUGCGUAGCCACAAUGAAGUGAAGGAGUCACUGGUGAACACACUGCAGUCACUGGUGAACAGGUUAUGCUCAAAAUCUUGGUGACUACGUUUUAUAAUGGCGUGGCGAUCUGUAUUUAAAAUUACAUUGCAAGUUACAUGUACAGUAACAAUUGCUUCAUGUGAGAGGGUCUGAUUGUAGCAACCGUUUUUAAUUUUUUCUUCUAAGGUAGAAAGCAUGUAGCAAAAUCAAUAAAAGCAACAUACGUGGUAUUGGAUUUGAUGCUACUUGUUCAUUAGUUAUUCUUGACGAAAAUGGUAAUCCUGUGUCAGUAACACCAGACCAAGCAGAGAACAGAAAUAUAAUAUUAUGGCUUGAUCACAGGGCAGUAAAAGAAGCAGAGUUAAUCAAUGCCACAGGACAUGAUGUACUUAAAUAUGUUGGGGGCACAAUUUCUCCUGAAAUGCAGGCACCGAAGAUUUUAUGGUUAAAGAAAAACUUAGACAUUGAAAGAUGGAACAAUAUUUCUGUCUUCCUUGAUCUACCUGAAUUUUUAACAUUCAAAGCCACUGGAUACGUUACUAGGUAAAUUGAAUAUUUUGGUAUCGUAACAUAAUUGUAUCUGUACAGAUUAUGAUAAACCUUUCACAUUAAUCUGGCACUGCAGUUCAACAGGUCAACAACUGGACCCUCUCUAACGAGCUUCAUGUAAUCAUUCCGGAAAAGUGGUUCAAAUAAUUGUUGUUAACGUGAUUCGUGUUUUCGUAGAUCUUUAUGUUCAGUGGUGUGCAAAUUUAACUACAUGGGACAUUCCUCACAGCAGACCAAUGGUAACUAAUACAUUUUUCACGUUGUCCCAAUUUCAUGGCCGGCGAGUCAAAGCCCGAGGCAAAACUUUCCCCCGCGGGGGGAGAGGGAUACUAUGACGUCAAAAUUGUUAAACGGAGGAAGGGGUGAUUAAUUAACUUUAUAUUACACUUUAUUGUAUAGUAUCUGGCACUAACGCAGUUAGGAUUUAUAUUCCCAGUUAAGGAAUCAUUUGUCAAGAAAUUUAAAGGGCUUUCGUUGCUUUGGGGACCCUUUUGAGCUGGAGGCCCUUGGCAAACUGCCCCCUGUCCCACUCCUCUCCGUCAUGGCCCUGGUCCCAAUGGGAUAAUUACUUCUCCAGAGUAAAAGUUCAACCUGUAGUCUGCACAAUGUUUUAGGUCAUUCAGGUUGGAUACCAUCGUUCUGGCGUGAUAUUGGUUUAUCAGAAUUUGUAGACGAUAAUUUUAAAAGACUAGGUAAGGGUUGAACGAUCUGAAAUAUAGCUGAUUAGCCGAAAUGUUUGCCAACAGUCAUUAUCUAUCAUAAUCAGCAUCUAUUGCGAGUCUGUUGAAGUAAAAUUUAGACGCUCAAUGCAAGCCUUUUCAUGGAAUUUUCAAUUCAUGAUGACGGUAAGCACAUGGGAGAUGUACGUCAUGUUAAGUGCAUUACAUUAACUGAUAUAUAGUAAGAGUGAAAGGUUCUGACGGAAGCGCGCACCGGGGUUUAACCGUUAAUACACUCAUGUAGGUUAACACAGGAUAUGUGUCCCACACAAGUCCGAAAAUGCUUUUGCGCAAUAUUAUUGGAAUAUUGCUGAUAUAUUUGCGCAGAUUUUUCAUAAGUCAAUUUUACUAAGUCCAGGAACUAGAUACCCCUCGAAAUAAAAAUAGCAAACUAAGAUAAUACCGAUUAAAGAAUGAGGAAGAAACUGACCCCAAUAACUACAGACCUAUUUCUCUUCUGUCUAAUUUUAACAUAUAAUGUCGAAGAAUGAAACAAUAUAUUAUAUAUAGAUAAACAUAAAAAUAUUGUGCUCCUCCCAAUAUGGCUUUCGAGAAUUCCAUUCAACUCAACAUGCAAUACUUGCAGAUAUCGCCAAUACUAUACAAACAAUAUGAAUCAUAAUUUAAUUUCAUGUGGGUUUUUUAUAGAUUUAAAAAAGGCAUUAAAUAUAUAGUAUAUUUUUAGUAUAUUAUUAUACAGUAUAUUUGAUACCGUCAAUCAGCAAAUUCUAUUAAAUUCAUAAUAUUAAAUUUUCUAUUAUGGUUUCUGGGGAAUUAUAAGUAUAUGCUUAUUUCCGAACUUGCAAGGUUGAACAGGCGGAACACAAAUAAAUUUGGCUGACAUAUUAGGCCUAUAUCAGAUAAAGCAAGCGAAGUACCCCAGGAUCUGUUCCAACCUCGUACCCUGCAUGGGUACGAGGUUGGAUCUGUUCUAGGCCCAUUGCUAAUUUUUAUUAUAUGUAAUAGAAACGUAGCACCAGUGAACAUUUUAAACAUGUUUACAAGCACCUCGAGCGAUACUAUUCACUCUUAUAAUACUCGCUUAGGUUUAGGUGUUGAUGGAGAACUUUGGAAUGAUUCCAAGAAAAUUAAGAGAGUUGCCCAAAAAAGCAUUUCAAAGUAAACUUAAACAAAUAUUGUUUACAAUAUGACUCCGAAAGGAGGACUCGUAUAUUGAAGUAUCUAAAAUUAUGUCAGAAAUAAAAUGCUUUGGCUCCCAAAACUAUAGGUACUUUAUUUAGAAAUAUAACAGUCUCAUUAACAACUUAAUAUUUAUAUCAACGUUGAGCCACCUGGAGGCCUGGAUCCGGGGAACCCAUCUUCUACAAUAAGAUUAGAAAUUAUAGUGAGAAACACCGACAUCCUGUCGAUCCUGAGUUCUUUUGCAUAAUGCCGUCAUUUAUGGUACUGUAGCAUAACAAACAACAACAAUUAUUAUAUACACAAGGUCUGGAUAUGAGGUAUUCUGCAAUCUGAUUGGUUCUCUACUAGCAGGGUAUUAGCUCAUAUCCUGCUAGUAGAGAAAACCAAAAUGGCGGCUCAAACUGAAUUUCCAACGUUUGCGAACGAGAAAACGGCAAGUUCUUCGCCUUUAUAUAGGAUUAAAAACACAAUGAAAAAAACUCCCACAAAUUGUUUACAGGUUAGCAAAUGAAUUUUUAAAAUUUAAAAUGGUUAAUAAUAUAUAAUUUUGAAAAAUACUCGGCCGAAAGAGCGAAGAUAAAAACAUAAACAAAAUAGAAAAAUAUUGAAAAUUACGGAAAAGCAAAGUCUGUGAAUUCAGACCUUGUGUAUAUAAUAAAACAGUUAUUCCACUCACUCUCGUCGAAUAUGCGCGGUAGCCGAUUUGGCGGUACGCGCUUCAUCGGCUAUCAGCUCAUAUUCGACUCGAAUUCGUAGAAUAACUGUUAAUUAUAUCUGUAUCAAUAAAGCACCGGUGGGCAGGUCUAUUUUAAGAUGAAAUGAUAAUAUGUUCCAUAUUACAGUCACGUUGAGCUUUUAUGUCUCCAAAACUAAAAAUCUAAAUCAAAAACGGAGAUAUAGAACUCUCUCUUCAAAUCACUAAAAACCCAUUUUGGGUUUGUUAACACUUUAAACAAAGAGAAGUUUAUAAAUGGUGAAAUAUCAGGGCGUCAAUCCUAAUUAUCCUUUUAAGGUGGCACAUCAGUUUGUGUCCCUGGUACACAACUUGCUCAUGGUUUAUCAAAACAAGCUGCACACGAUCUUGAUCUUCCAACUGGCUUACCUGUGGCUGCAUCUAUAAUUGAUGCUCACGCUGGUGGAUUGGGUACUAUUCUAUUGUUAAUUGCAUGGGAGUUUGUGUAGGUAGUAUUUUUCGAUAACCUGUUGUGGUUGUUGUCACAACAACUUCAAGACGAUUAUACGUACAUAAACAUCGAUAUCUGUCGAUCGAAGUCCGGACGAAAAACUUUUUAGUGCUAACUUUCAGGUAACGAAGUCGGACUGCAUGCACGCAGUAGUGCUGUGCAAACUCCGGUUUUUCAUCUCCGGCUCCGGCCGAAUUACAGCUCUGAGCUCCGGCUCCGACUCCGGCCACAUCAUAAAAUAUUAAAUAAAUGUUUUACGAUCAGAGAACAUUUAUUAAUAUUAUUAUGAAUAACCCUUUUCGCGCUUUCUAAUUAUCAGAUAACAUAACUCAGGAAACAAAACAGUGAAAACACUUAACCACGCAGAAAAUAUCUAUAUGGAAACCUGCCUCGAAAAAUCUUUGACACGAGGCAUGACGCGAGGCAUGACGCUAAUACUCUCAGACUCCACAGCGCAAUUGUUCGCACGCAAACAAAGUACUCUGUCAUUUUCAAAAGGUUGAUAUUUGUUUUGUACUUUUUCGUUAUCUACAAGGCAUGAAUACACAGACUACAGUAUGUAGCGCUAAGUCAGAUGGCUUCAUGAAAGCAUGACGUUUGUAAGUUGCGAUCGUAUUAAAGCUUUUCGACGCUGUUCCUGUGGGCUGUGGCAGUUUGAGUCUAUGAUGAAUUAAUUAACAGCAAUUGGCAGUUUGCAGUAACUAACAAUCGUUUGACAUUUGUCUCAUUUCAUAUUGUUUUCUUGUCAUUUUGCCGGAGCUGGGAAAACGUAACUCCGGCUCCGGGCUCCGGCAUACAAAAUUCGGCUCCGGCGUCGAAAAAAACCGCCGGAGCUCCGGCAGAACUCCGGCUCCGGCAACUCCGGCGCACAGCACUAGCACGCAGGCUAGUUUUUGAAUGCGUAUCUUUUACAAAUGGCCUUCUUCGAAAUUAGGAAAAAAUAUGUCUAUAAAAAUCCUCGGGAUGAAAAGAAUUAUUUUCCGCGCGUUAAUACGAAAAAGGAAUCCUUGUACAACGAAAAACAAUUAAGUCCUUCUUGUUAGAGCUGUGCAAACUAUACAGUUAUUUUAGCUCCGGCUCCGGCAGUCAAAACUCCAGUUCCUGCUCCAGCAAGGAAAUUUUAAGGAAAUUUCAUAUUUAAAGUAGAAGCACGCAAAAGUAUUUCAGUGUAAUUUCAGAAUUUAUUUUAUUCCUUUUUUAGCUUUAUCCUUUACUUAUCAAGUAAACGUGCAUCGGUGCUUGUUUAAACAAUGUUUUGGAGAAAAUAAAACCGCAUGGCAGCGUGGUAUUUUCGCCCAAAAUACAUUGGGGUCAGCGGAUUUUUGUAUCAAAAGCGAUAGCAAUGCGCUUGCAGAAUUUUCAAAGCCACGAAUCGGAUCGGAGCAAGUAGCUAAUUAAACUUUAUAGUAACUUCAAAUCAUUCAACUUAAUUUUUCCAUUACCAAAAGUUCAUUGAAAUAUCAAUUUAGUUUUCAUAAUUUUGUCUGCCGGAGUUUUUCGGCUCCGGCAAAAUAUGCCGGAGCUCCGGCUCCGGUACUACUUCUACGGCGCACAGCUCUACUAUUAAUUUUGAACGCCAUUGCGAAGUUGUGUAUUUUUUUACCUAUGGACACUAUACUUGAUGUUUUAGGGGUAAUUGGUGCGGCCAUAAAGGAAGAUCUGUCGUGCGAAUCGAUUACGUCAAGAUUAGCGAUAAUAUCUGGGACUUCAAGCUGUCAUAUGGCAGUAUGUUAUUUUCAACCACACUACAACAGUCAAGUUAUAGUUUCUUUGCAGUAUACCGCUAGCAUAAAUUGACAUGACCGCAGCAGCUCAGAAGCCCCCUAUUAGAAGAAGGUCAGGAGAAUAGGAAAAAUUAUUGGUGGAACAUUGGUUCAUAGUUUCUGAACGGUGGACAACUGAACUACAUAGCGUAUGUCUCUUGGCUUAUGGAAAACACGUACACUACGUAUAUUUAUUAUACGUGGUGUUUUCUACAAGCCAAGAGAUAUGCGCUAUGUAGUUUGUCCACCGUUCAGAAACUAUGAAACAAUGUUCCACCAAUAAUUUCACGUUUCAUAUAUUUCUGUUUACAACGCAAACUAUAUAGAUAAGUGAGCAACCUUUGUUUGUGUCUGGAGUGUGGGGUCCUUACUAUUCAGCCAUGGUCCCAGACUUCUGGUUAAAUGAAGGUGGUCAAAGUGCAACUGGAAAAUUAGUAAGUGCAUAUAGUUUAGACUAUCCUUCGGCACAACGUUACAUCGAUAAAUAAUAAUACUUACUUGCAUGCAAAAAACAAAGUUUAUUUGAUCUGUUUGUUCUAGUAACAUAUACUGUAAGUAUCUGUUCGAUUUAAAUAGCGUAUGAUGCUGUACUCCCUUUGAUGAAGAUGAUCUGCAGAAUUUGCAUAAAACGUCGGAUUUUUGUGAAGUACUAAAUUAAGACAACAUUUCAGUCUUGAAUCAAGUACUUGUUUAUAGAGUAUGAUUUAUGCAGGCAUGUAACGUUACACUGUUGUGUACGCUUGACUUGCUUCUGCUAGUUUGUGUUAUUAAAAAUAGCCAAGGAGAUAUGCCAGAUGCCUUGCAUGAGCGCUCGAUCUACGCACGCAUAUCCCAUAUAACCCAGACCACUAUACUUAGUGACGCAGCCCGAUGACGUACAAGAGGGGGGGGGGGAGUGUUAUCAGAUCGGAUCACCACGUUGCCUUCAAGCAACUGGACUAAUGACACGUCCAGUGUAGAAAUGAUGAUAUCGUUGCAUGUUAUAUAGAUUGAUCAUGUUCUUGAAACGCAUCCAGCCUGGAGUGAACUCGUAGAAAAAGCAAAACAAAGGUUUUUAAAACAAUAGUUUUUCAGCUCACUUAAUAAAACAAUUAGUAUCCAGGUAUCGGUCACAGUUAUUUGCAUUCGGGUUGGCAUUAAUGUCAACCCCGUACAAAUGCAGAAGCCGUGGAUACGAAAUUGCAUUUAUGUCCGUCUUUAUGAUGCUCCGCCGCUAUACCGAUAUAGUGAUAAACAAAUAUUGUGUAUAAUCGUCUAUAUAUUAUAUAUAUAUAUAUAUAUAUAUAUAUAUAUAUAUAUAUAUAUAUAUAUAUAUAUAUAUAUAUAUAUAUAUAUAUAUAUAUAUAUAUAUAUAUAUAUAUAUGGGAAUAAAUUAUCAUAGUAAUUAGUGGGCGGUGAUCAAAUUUCCCUGAGAUUGUUGCAGGCUCUUGUUUCAAUGAGCCUGUCACGCAGGCUACUAUAUAUGACUUGCAUUUUGUUGUUGAAGUGAGCGUACAGUAUAUGAAGAGAUACAAAGUAUUCUUGAAGAAAACGCACAGGGCCUGGAACAUUACGCCUUGCUCACUAAGGCCUAUCACGUGUAUCCGGAUUUCCAUGGCAACAGAUCACCAAUUGCUGAUCCUACAUUAAAGGGCAUGGUAUGUUGUGUCUGCAUGGAUAUUAGUAAUGUUUAGGUUUGACUACCACUACCAUUAAGGGAAUCGGAUAAUCUACCCGAUUAACCAAUCACAUGCGUACCUAUACUUAACAAAGGGUAGCGGUAGUGCAAGUCAAAUAUAAACCUCACUACCAUAAACCUCCGAUUAUAAGCUCCCCUGGCUUCCCCGUGUACACUGUAAGCCCUCCAUAUUCACUCAGAGAUAUUCACUAACGCUCAGACCAUUCCGAAUAUAAGCCAUUGGACAGGUAUUCAUUAACGCAGCGACGUGGAUUCCAACAGUUCAGACGAGUGACGAUAAUUACAUUACAGUAUUAGAAUAAUAUUAGGAGUUACUAUCGCAAGGAAAGUGCUGCCCAAGGGAUCAAAUCCAACAUGCAAAUGCAAUUUGCUGUUUAUACGAUUCUGCUUUGCGAUUCUGUAUUGAAAUAAGUUACGGUGCACAGUGGACAAUUCCCAUUAUAGACUAAUUUUAAAACUAGGUACAGGUAUAUGUACCUCAAAACAUACACAAAAUUUACGUUUUGAAUAAAAUUUGAGGAACGAAUAUUUUUGGAAUUUUUAUUAUUGUAUACUCUCAACAGGUGCAUUUUCUUCCCAGCAUGUCAAAAUAUUAUACGAUAAAAAAUCGAACUUCUGAAUGCUGUUUAAAUGUGACCUGUUAUACCAAUAUGUACCUCAAAACAUACAUGGACAUUUUCACCAAUAUUUUGAAAAUGGUUACUACUAGCUCCCAAAGAUACUUCCCCUUAUCAUUCAUCUAAUUUGUCACAUUGACCGUACGCGAAAACGGCAAACGUAUACUCAAGAUUUACAUUCAUUGUACUACAAAGCUAGCACUAUAUGUACCUCAAAACAUGCAUAAGAAAAUUGGAUGUUGGCAAGGUAAGGUAAUUGGGUAAGUGGAAAACAACGUAUUUCACACAUUUUAGGAAAGUGCUUGA